AUGGCCGCGAGAGUCCUGCUGCAACGGCGCGCGGCGCCGUUGGCAGCGUCCAUGCUCGUUGGAGCUGUCGCAUUCUCCCCCAAGCUGGCCCAUGCCGAAGCUCCAGAAUCACACAGCUCUCACCCCAGGAAGCCCAUAUACGACGACUUCGAUGUCGUGCCCACAACAGCCACUCUCACGCCCGCGAAGCCCGCCGCGAGACCAGACACCCCGUCGUCCUCGACAACCCUGGCACCCGAGAACCCGGCAUCGCCCACCUUGACCGAGGUCGUCAACCACCCACAACAGCACCAUGGGCCCACGCCCACCGACCGUCUCGCCGCCCAGAUCCGCGAAGUGCGCCUGUUCAUCUACCGCCACGCCUGCAAUGCCGAGGACGCCGUGAACCGCACCAUGGACAGCGCCUUCCACCUCGAGAAGUCCUUCACCGACACCAUCGCCUCCCUGGCUCCCCCGCCCGAGUCGGGCGAGAAGCUGAUGCCGGGGCUCGUCUACGUCCUGGUGGCCGCCAUGGCCGGCAGUAUCGUGACGCGGCGGAGCAACAUCCUGUUGAGGGCCACCGUCCCGGCCGCCUUCGGCGUAGGCAUGGGCUGGACCGUGCUGCCCUACACCAUGCGCAACACGGGCGACCUGGCUUGGAAGUACGAGCAGCGUUACCCGCCCGUGGCGCAGGCGCACCUCCAGAUCAAGGACAGCUGGAGGCAGGGUGUGAGCUUUGCCCGGGUGCACACGCAGCUCGGACGGGACAAGCUGCAGGAGCAGGUCAAGGGUGCGAGGGAGACGGUUGAGGAAUGGGUGAGGAAGGGAAAAUAA